AUGAAGCGUCCCAACCAAUUCGUUGGCCUCGAGCGGGUUCGCCUACCGGUCGUCGCUCCCGACCCAUACAAAAUCUCCCCCAACCUGCUCGCUCGAGUCAACAAGUUGGAGCCAAAGCGCGCCUACUCGGAUGACCCAAAGAGGUUUGCGGCUUGGGGAAAGAUGGUCCCGCCGGAGGACAAGCAAUUCAAGGUCACUUCCCAGGCGAGUCCACCAUUCGAACAUGGGGACUUCGACUCAUAUCCCAUUUCCAGGUCUCCACGAUCAUCGAGUUUCGGCGCCGCGAUCGAACUGGGGACUAGUCAGAACCUGGUUGAUAUCUGGCACGUUGUCACGAACACUCCAUCUUGGCCGAUAGACCCCAAAUCUUUGACAUGGGAUACCAGGCCCACCCGUGUCUCCAAGAUCGGCUCCAUUACCAUCACACCUGGUACAAACUACACUCACAGCUUCUUCUGCUCACGCGAUUCACUCCAUGUGUUCGAGUUUGCUGCUGGAAGUGAAGAUGUACACAUCCAGUGGUCGCAAGGCCACAAUCGUCCAAAUCCAGUGGUGACGAUGGCCCAGCGCGCAUCAAUCGUGUGA